CAGCGCACCCGGGCAGGGCCCGACACACGCGGGGCCCGAAAGUGGUGACAAUCACGACCACUGUCUCUGAGGAGAAGGGGGCCCCACCACAAAAGAUCAAUGAGACAGGAUGAAGUUAAGAGACCCGUGUCUGAGUUCUGAAGGAGCUGAAGUUAUUUUAGCCACAUCAAGCGAUGAAAAAUAUCCCCCUGAAAACAUCAUUGAUGGAAAUUCAGAAACGUUUUGGACGACAACAGGAAUGUUUCCUCAGGAAUUCAUUAUCAGUUUCCAUAAAUGUAUAAGAUUCAGCAAACUCACGAUCCUAUGUUACUUAGUGCAGACUAUAAGGAUUGAAAAAAGCUUAUCUAUGGAUCCAGUAGAUUUCGAGAAGUGUGUUGAAAAAGAUCUUCAUUAUUCAGAAGGGGAGCUUCAAACGGAAGAAUUUUCAUUUCCUGAUUGCCAAGCUACCUAUUUGCGAUUCAUCAUCAAAUCGGGCUUUGAUCACUUUGUGUCUGUGCAUAGGGUGAUGGUAGACGGCAUGGCAGAAGACAUGUAAACCCCAGUUUAAAUCAUUACCUGAAAACAUGUUGUGUAAUAACCUGUGUAUUCCUACUUGUAGCAUAAAGAAUAUUUAUUAUUAAAUCAUUACACUAAAAAGGA